AUAUACCCACCAGUGAAAUGCCAGCAAACACCCUCACCUCUCUCAACUCCCUCCCUCCACUCCACCCCAAGUUAACUAAUAACUAGAACUUAACCAGCCUCUCCCUCUCACUCCCUGCCAUUGCUAACCCCAAGAACCCAAAACCUUCUCAACAAUUCCCUCUCACUGAUGGGCAAAGCUUCCAAAUGGUUCCGUGCCGUUCUCGGCCUCAAAAAACCCGACCCACCACCAGACCACCCCGUAACAACUCGUUCUAAAGAAAAAAGGAGAUGGAGUUUUGUCAAGUCCCACCGUGAAAAAGACCAACACCAUCACCAACAGCAACAACAAGAGACCGAAGCCGUUAAAGCAGGCGUUUUGUACGGGCAGGAGUUUGAGGAGGACCCAAACAAGCAUGCGAUCGCUGUGGCUGCUGCUACUGCUGCAGUUGCGGAGGCUGCAGUUGCUGCCGCGCAGGCAGCUGCAGAGGUGGUGCGGUUAACAAGCAGCGGGAGGUGUGUUGAUAACAGUGUUGCGUACGUUAGCGGGAGUCCUGGCUUACGUGAAGACUUCGCUGCUGUUAAGAUCGAAGCUGCUUUUCGUGGCUACCUGGCAAGGAGAGCGUUAAGAGCAUUAAAAGCGUUGGUGAGGCUUCAGGCACUGGUAAGAGGUCACCUUGAGAGGAAGCGAACAGCAGAGUGGCUUCAUCGAAUGCAAGCAUUGCUGAGAGCGCAGGCUCGAGCGCGUGCAGGACGUGCCCAAAUUUCUGAAUCCUCCCACUCAAGCAGCAAGUCUUCUCACUAUCACCUCCCUGGUCUGCCAACCUGUGAAAAAUCCGAGCAUGCCAUUCGUGCUACAAGUGGAAAAUAUGAACAAUCAUCAAUGCUUAAGAGAACUGGGUCAAAAUCUAAAGGCAGAGAAAUUGCUGAUCAAGAUGUUGCGCACUUAUCCUUCAAUUGGUCAGAACAUGGAAUGGAUGGUAGAACAUGGGAUCAUCAAGCCCCUUCGCCAGGAACUGGCCCCAUUGAUGAUGACAAGAUCCUCGAGAUUGAUUCUGGAAAAUCACAUAUUAGUCCUAAACUUAGAAAUCUCUUUCACCCUUCUCACCUUUCCUUGUCUGCGGAUCAGUAUAGUCAUAGUUUCACAGCAUCAAAAGGCUCCACAGUCCAUCAAGCAGUUCCAAGCCCCUUAUCUGGCGAAGUUCAAUCUCUAAGUCCAUUGAAGUUCUCUCGUGAGGUUGAGGAAGCAUUUUGCACUGCUGAUAAUAGCCCACAAUUCUACUCCGCAUCAUCAAGGGGUGGCAGUGGUAAGAGAAGUCCCUUCACCCCCAGUAGGAGUGGUGGCUCUAGAAGCUUCAUGAGUGGAUACUCUGACUACCCAAAUUAUAUGUGUAACACUGAAUCUUCAAGGGCUAAGGUGAGGUCUCUAAGCGCUCCAAAACAAAGACCCCAGUAUGAGAGAUCCAGCUCAACGAAGAGAUACUCGGUUCUCGGCUUUGGUGAACAAAGAUCGAGUAGUGCACAGAGUGCCUCUGCCUUGCGUGCAAGUUUUACAAGUAAAGCUUACCCUGGAUCUGGUCGUUUGGACAGGCUGGGAAUGCCUGUUGGGCAGAUACUAAAACGAAGUUUCAAUGGUAACAAAUGAACGUGACUUAGUUUAUACAAGAUUUGUCUUAGAUUAAUCUAUGUUAACUGUCAAGUUGUUUAUGUUGGUGGCUAAUUAGUAUGAUCACUAGACGCUAAGAAUCCAAUGGAAAUCAUCCAUGUAGUGUUUUUGAACUCUGUUUCUGUAUCAAGGGUAAAAUCAAGCUUAACCAGAAGUGUCAAUUCCUGAUUCCAAUUGUAUCAGGCUUCUCUUCUAAA